CGUUCGACGUGGUGCGCGACCACGCGGGGCUCGCUGCGCGCGCGAAUAGGGCGCUCGCGGGGUGCGGGAUGGGGCGGUACGUGGACUCUUUUCCUUUGUUUUGUCUUGUCUUGUUCCUUGCCCGCAUUACAUGUGCUGCUGUUACGAUGCGAUGGGAUGUGGGCGGUGCUGAUGUGCGAACAGGGUGCGCGACACGCCCCAAGCGGCAGCGGGCAUUACAGCAGCGCGCUGGAUACCUGGCUGCGGGCCUGCCGCGAGAGGCAGUGUGCGGUGCUGCGCCGGCGUCUGAGCGCGGUGCUGGCGUACUGGUCUCGUCUGCUGGCGUGCUCAUCGACAAGGCCACGCCACGCCAACGGCUUUCCUAUCCUGUCCUAUCCUUUCCUAUCCCCCUUGGACGCGCACCCACGCGCCGGAAGAAAAUACCGACACGCCUGACCUGGUCGUCGGUGAGCUGGGCGCCGUUUGCCCUCCGCUCUAGGACGCACCACUGACGAGCAGCGAGCGCGCCGCUGAGCGCAGUCGGACGCGCGGAUGGCGUAGGCCCAGAUCCGCUGGGCGCUCGCCGAGCUGCGCCAGCAAGCUUGGGGCUGGGGCGGGAUGGCGCGCGCACGUGGGCCCUUGCCGCUUCGGGGUCGCGGGGUGGUGGUGGGGUAGGGCUAGUGCGUGGGUCCGCCAGGUUUGGCGAGUGGGAAGAUGAUGGGGUAAGGUGGAUACGGGGAUAGCAGGAGUUUGCACGAGGGCUGGGCGGAUGAAGGGAGGCGUCGACGUGGUGGAGACAAGGGUUGCAUCUGUUGCAGCGGUGUGCGACGGGACGGCUUGGGAUGUGCGGAUGGGGGCCAAUUCCGGACGACCAGCUUUGCAGAGGUUAGAAAAUAGCGUCUAGCGCGCAUGAGCAAGUACAAGAACGAACGGCGACUUGGAAAAUGCUAG